AUGUGGGUUGCGACGCCGUUUGGUCUGGCGGCACUUACCACCACGGAAGCCUGGGAGUCGCUGCCCAAGGUGACCGUCAAGUUCCCGUGGGGCAUCGGCUACCUGCAGCGACGUAUCGUGUCCACGUCCCAUGCCUUUCAGGUCACAUGCUUUGCGUUGCCGCGGCCGUUGGAGCGGUUCACGCUCACCGUGGAGCUAACCGUCUCGUUUGCCGCAUUGCGUGAACGCAUCCUCCGCCACUUAGACAUGCCACUGCUGCUCGUGGACAACGUCGUGGUGAUGCAGCCGCUCUUCGGUGGCCCCGACGACUAUAGACUCUCGCCACCCAACCCCGGCCAACUCGUGUUUACGUCGUUGCGACCACUGCUCGUCACCAUAUUCCCCACAAUCAAGCUCACCAAAUGCUCGUCUCUGCUUCACAUCGAAGCCAGCGACAAGGAGACCGCCCAAGCAAUACCUCCAACUGCUCCAUCUGCUCCAUCGACAGAAUAUCACCCGACUACACCACCUAUCGAUGUGAAUCCUCGUGAUAAGCUAUCAAGUACUACGAACAAUCGUCGUGCUGCUGCUGCAACAUCGGAAAAUCCAACGACCCUCGUAUCGCCUGUAGUAACCCAAAUCGGUCGUGGAACCGGCUGUGUAACAGGCGCUGAAGGACGACUGACCAGCGGUUGCAAGUACUGGGAAGUUCGCUUGGAUACAACGCUCCUCGGCGACGGAAUUUUUGUCGGUGUCGCCACCGUCGACGUGCCGCUGAACUCGACCGUGGUUGGUACAGACACUUUCUGGGGUUUCGCCGCCCAUCUUGGCAAGAAAGUCAGUGUCACGUUAGAGCCGUAUGGAGGUCCCGAAGCUGUCUGCGUCCAAGGCGAUGUCGUCGGUACUUUGUACGAUUCUGAGUUGGGUCUCCUGAGUUUCUACCGCAACGGUCGACCUCUGGGACCUGCGUUUCGGCAUCUAUACUUUCGAGGGUUCUGUCCUGCGUUCGCCACGACCAACGUGGGGCUCCGCUUCACGCUGCUUCCUGGCACGGUGCCGCCUUUGACGGCCGAACUCUCGUAGAUGAGCGAGUGACCAUGACAUGCCAGUGUGUGUGCUACAAGAGUCGGGAACUUUGUCUCGAUUUUUUAAAGUUAAAUACAAGAAGCAACCAGUUAGACAAG